UCUUCACCAUCUGGGAGGCUGGCUAGCCUGACAGAGGAAACAGCCUCGGCGACUACUUACUGAGUGUAGCAAAGGAAUUAUUAUUGGAUUGGGUACUACAGCGGGCAAAAUCAAGCACAGAAAGCACAAGAAAACACCACAAGCUAUUUUUUCUUCUGGAAGUUGAUAAGAUUUUGCAGAAUGGCAAUAUUCCCCAGUUGGUUUGAGGGCUACACAAUGGUUCUUUUUGGCCGUACCUCAGAGCAGUGAAUUCCAUGCCCUGUAUGGUGUGCCAUAUUCUCCACAAGCUAUUCAGGAAGACCCUAUGAGAACAAAAAUGUUUGCCAAGCUGAAGAAAAAGAUUGCAGAAGAGGCAGCCACAGUGCCACGAACCGGUGUUCGAAUCCCCCGCACCAUCAGCAAGGAAUCCAUCACCUCAGUCGAGGCCGACUCAGGAGACGACUUUGCAUCUGAUGGGAGUAGCUCCAGGGAUGACCUGCCCGCCCAACUCCUCAGGAGGAAUGGUCAGAUUCGUAAGCUGGAGGCCAAGCUAUCAGACUACGCUGAGCAGCUACGAAUAAUGCAGAAGACCAAGGAGAAGCUUGAAAUUGCAUUAGAAAAGCACCAAGAUUCUUCCAUAAAAAAACUUCAAGAGCAGAAUGAGUUCCACCAGGCUGACAGAGCCAAAAUGGCAGAAGGGAUGACUCUGGCUCUGGACAAGAAGGACCAGGAAUGGAUGGAGAAGAUGGCUGUUAUAGAAAAGGAAAAGUCUGCCUUAUCAGGAAGACUGAAUGAGAUGAUGGAGCAAAGUUGGGCACUUUUCCAGAAGAGGGAUGAUAUCGACGAACUGGAAGGCUUUCAGCAACAGGAACUUGCUAAAGUCAAACACAUGCUGCUGAGAAAGGAAGAACAACUGGGUCAGCAUAAGCGGGACCUCCAACAGAAGGCGGCUGAACUUCAUUCAACGAAGCAAAGGCUUUCUGAAACUCGGGAAAAACUACAAGCUUUACAAACGCUGCACGACGAGAGCUCCAGUCUUAACACUGAGCUGGAAAUAGAACGAGAGGAGCUGCUGCUGCUCAGAGAAGAGGCAGACAAGACAGCUGGUGAGCUGGAGGGGCAAAACCAGAAGUUACGGUCAGUCAUCCAGCAGGUCUCAGAAGACUUGCAGAAGUCACAGAGUAUGGUGUCCUCUUUAGAGAGCUCCCUUCAUGAGCUACAGACUGAACAUGAUGCCCUGAAAUUGCAACAAGAAAAGUCUUCUGUUACUGAGGAGGACAAGGAACGCUUGUUAGGGGACCUUCAGAAGAAAGUGAGCUCCCUAGAGAAAAGGCUACAAGGAAACCUAAGCCCAGACGAGCAUCUUCAGGAGCUUCUUCAGGAGAAGUCCAGUCUUGAGCAGAGACUGGAAGAGGCCAGAAGAGAGCUUGUUGACCUUCGGACAAAGCAUGCUGAUACUGUCAGCUCCUUGCAGGCACAGGUAUCCAGAACCACAUGCAGCAUUACCGAGCUGCAGACACUUCUCCGACAUAAAGAUGAAUCCUCCAGGUCCUACCGAGAGAGAACCGACACACAAAUAGCAAACCUGGAGCAGCAACUACAAGAAAGUUGUGAAAGACUGAAGAUUGCAGAGCAGCAGAUUGUAGCGAAAGAACAGCUGGCAGAUAAACUGCAAGUAAAGUGGAGUACAGAGAAGGCCUUUUUGGAUCAGCAGUUGUGUUUGGUGCAGCAGCAGAGUCAGGAGAAGAUCAAGCAGCUGGAGGAGAGUAUCACUGCUGUGCAGACAGAUAAACAUCUGAUGCAAGACACAAUGGCCGACUUGGAAAGACAAAGAGAUAAGGCAAAUGCCACUCUGACACAGCAGAUGCAAGAACUGGAUGAGUGCAAGGCGGAAUUAGACGGCCAACAGACAGUUAGCACUGAAAUUGCGAAAGCUCUCGAAGAAAGCAGACGACAAAGAGAGGAACUACAAACACAGGUUGGGGAGCUGAACGUAUCUCUACAGAGCUCACAAAAGGAAUUGUCCAAGCUCAGUGAGACACUGUUGUUGAGAGAGAAAGACAUCCAAACCCUCCAUGAUGAGGUACACAAUCGGAAGACCGCGCUGGUCCAGCUGCAAGAGGAAUUUGAGCAGCAGCAGGUCCAAGGAAGGCAGAUGGAGCUGGACAAAGACUCCCAGCUCACUAUCUUGAGGGGAGAGCUACUCAGCCAGACUCAACAGCUUGACCACUGUCAGGCUCGAAUCUCAUACUUGGAGGUGGAGGUAGAGACUCUGACGGAGCAGCUUCACAGCCCUGCUGUGUGCGAGGAGGAUCACAACGGCAGCGUGACAGUGGAUGACCUGGACAACAUACACAAGGUCAACAGAGAGCUGGAGCAGCAGCUCAGUGACAAGACCAGGACGAUCAAACAGCUGCAGCAGCGAAUGGCAGAAUUGAAGAGGACGUUGCAGAAAGAACUGAAGCUGAAGCCUGACCCAGAAGAAGAAGCAAAGGAGAAGAUACUAGAAAGCCGGGUUGAAAAAGAAGAAAGGGUUUGUGCAGAGCCGCCGCCAGCAUCCAGACCGAGCCCAUCCACUUCCAACACCACAGUGACCAACACCUCAGACCUUAAUGACUCGCGAGAAAUCAACUUUGAAUAUUUGAAGCAUGUCGUCCUCAAGUUUAUGUCAUCAAGAGAGGCUGAGGCUUAUCAGCUAAUACGAGCUGUGUCUGUGCUGCUCAACUUCACUCGUGAGGAGGAGGACAUGUUGAAGCAAACCCUCGAGUAUAAAAUGUCUUGGUUUGGAUCCAAGCCUUCUCCAAAGGGUACCAUCCGACCUUCGGUCUCAGGCACUUCCACCCACUGGAGCUGAUGGCCCACAGGAAGGAAGGCAUCGACUGAGGCAUAGAAAUAGGAAGAACACUUUCAGGAGGAAAUCAGUGCAGUGGUCCAUGCUGCUGCAAACUUAAAGCAGCAUCCUGCUGACACGCAAUUCUGCUUUUGUGGGACAAGGUUUUUUUAAAUCUGUUUUAGGAGACGAGCUGCAUGGGUUCUUUGAGGGAUUGAGGUUUGGUUGUAAUCAAUUGUAGACCUCGUUCAACACACAUUUACACUGGAAAAUGGACACAACACAUUUUUGACUUGUCUUUUAUUUUUAUUUUUUUUAUUUUUUAUUCUUUCACAAUUCAUAAGUUGGAUUCUCAAUAAGAUGACCUCCAUUUCUUGGGCAAUCAGCAAGUCCCCCCAUGCAAUGAUCCAACAUUCCAGCAUUUAAAUUUUGUUUUCUAAUUGAUACCUAACCCAUGAAGCUUUUUUUUGACAUUUCAUUUGUACAUUGGUUCAUUUUCCAUUUGCAAUGUUACCACUCGUCAAUGUGAUCAACAAGUGAAUCUGUACUCUGGGAACAGGACUACCUACUAAUGUAAUGGAAGUUCAUUCUGUGCUUGACGCACUGUGUCAGGAAUGAGGAAUGACAACUUUCAAACUCAAUUCUUCCUAAGUUUGAGUCGGCUCACUGGUCUUCUCCCAAAAGUUAUUUUACAUGUUAAGUCAACCGCCAAAACACAUUUAGGUGGACAUAUUCAUCAAGAAUAAUGUGCUGUUUAUUCUAUUUUUCUGGGGAUUUUUGUAAAAAUCUAUUGAAAAUUCAUUGAAUAUUUUAGCAUUAAAAAUACAAUUUUGCAUACUGGUGUAUUAACCAUUACAGAAACAUGCACAAAUAUUUUGGUAACUACCAAUGCUGUUAAUUUUUUAUGUAUAUGUGUGUAUGUAUAUACGUGUGUGUGUGUAUAAUAUGUGUAUAUAUAAUGUGUAUAUAUAAAAUCUGUAAGAAAUAUAUAUAUACUGUGUGCUUUGAGAACGACAUAUGUAUAUGUGUGUAUGCUAUGAGAACUUUAUAGUAGGGAGAGAUGUGGAGUUUAAUAGGGAAUGUGUGUAAUAGGUAUGUGUAAAUGAUUUGCUGAUCAGUUCAGUAUUUGUCAUCAUCUGCAACCCUCACUCCUCUGCUUUAGAAUCACUUCCAUGUUCAUUCCUCUGUCAGUAAAAGCAUCUUCUAGUGUAUUUUUUUACUGCUGUGAAAAUGUUUUAUUGUAUCCCAGUCUUUUCUAAUAGCCAUCAUGUGUGAAGGUGUUUGUUUUCCUCAUUUCGGGAUAAUGCAUACUGUUAAAACACAUCAAUGCAGACAGGAGAUAUUUUUUGCCCAGUGGAAAGGUGUAUCUUAAGUCUGAGGAAAUGAUUGUACGUCUUGGAUGGGCUAGCAUGCUGUAGUCCCUCAGACUCGCCUGCGUGGUUGAUGCAAAGUAAUGUCUCUGUGAGAAUCCAGGAAUUUUGAAUGCACUUUUUUACCUGUGAAACCUGGCAACACAACUGUACUUUCACUACAGCGCUCCUGAUCUUUUGUCAUGAACUGACAGAAAAGGCUUGAUAUUCCUGCCUUAUUAAUAAAAA